ACUUUGGCUACGAUGCAGUCAGUGCGUAAUUUGUGCAUAAAACAAUCAGAAGAAGUAGUAAAAAUGAAUGAUGAGUUUAACAUAAUUUCAAAAUCAUAUGGUGUGCGAGAUGUGUUACCUGGUUGCCAUCGAGUUUUGCUCAUUCAUCCACGAUUACGACGUGGGCGUUUUUUUGAUUUAAAUCCAACGAAAAUAAAGCUACAGUUGGAAGAAGCAACUGCAUUAGUUAACACUUUGCCCAAUUUCAGAGUUAUUCAGACAGUGUGUGUAAACACCGAUCGUUCGACUGAAAAAAAACGUCUUUGGGGUGAAGGACGUAUUGAACGUGUAAUUUCUCUCAAAGAAGAAAUUGCUGCCACUGCAUUGAUGAUUGAUGUUAAAAUUUUGUCACCGAGGCAACAAGUUGAAUUAUCAGAAAUUUUUCGUGUACCUGUUUACGAUCGUUACAACAUUGUGUUGCUUAUUUUUAAAAUGUUCGCCAAAACAAAGGAAGCCAAAUUGCAAAUUCAACUUGCUGAAAUACCAUAUAUUAGUUUAAGUGUAAACGUUGCACUAAAAUGUAUAUUUAGAGAGGAGAAAUUAGAAAUUUUACGUUAUCGUGAACAUCAUUUGCGGAAAUGUUUAAAAGCAGCAGUAGAGGAAAAAGUAAAUCUAAGAAUCGGUGAAGCUCGAAAAAAUAUUCGCACCGUAGUUGCAGUAGUUGGAUAUACAAAUGCUGGGAAGUCAUCUUUGAUUAAGAGAUUAACGGGGCGAGAUUUAUAUGUUGAAGAUCGUUUAUUUGCUACUUUGGAUACAUCACUUCAUCUCUAUCGAUUGCCAUCAGGUUUACCAAUAUUAUUUGCCGAUACGAUUGGAUUUAUAUCGAAUUUGCCUUCUGAGUUGUUGGCAUCCUUUCAAGCUACGUUAAAUCACGUUUCAAAUGCAGAUUUACUAUUGCAUGUUGAAGAUGUUUCAAAUCCAGAUUAUUUAGCACAACGUGAUGUUGUACUAAAAACAUUACUUGCGUUAAGAAUCAGGAAUGAUUUGAUUGAAUCAAUGAUCAGAGUUGGAAAUAAAAUUGAUAAAUUGGAUCAGUUACCUGCUGAUGAAUCAAACACUUAUUUCGUUUCUUGUACAGAUGGUCGUGGAUUAGUAGAACUGUUAACUGCUGUUGACAAGAGAGUAUUGCAAAUGCGUGGUGCAGUCAUUCGUCGCUUAAAAUUGCGUCCACAUUCAAAAGCGAUUCCAUACUUGUACAAAUAUUCUUUUAUUGUUGGUCAGCCAACUCCAUCUGAAGAUAACAAUUAUUUAUUAUGUAACCUUCAGGAAUCAGAAACGCAUUUUCGUGAUAUAAUGCCUUUAAUCGCAUUACAACUAAAAGCUAAUAUGGUGAAUUUAACCGAGCUUCAACCAGCAGGUGAUUGGACCAAAUUUAGAUGGCAUUUGAAGAUUUAUAAAUUUUAUCCGAUAUCAGUGAUGAUGAUGGAAAGAACGAAAAUACCACGAAAUUUGGUUGAAAUUUUUAAUAAGUUAAAAUCCAAUGUCACCUUUGGUACCUUUAUAUUUAUAUCUUAUAUUUAUUCAUUGCAGUUUAAGUGUACAAACUGUGGUGAGGAGUCAAAAAAUUGGAAGUAUAUUACUGAGAAAUAUUUAUAUUUUGAAAUAUUCAAGGACAGAUAUGAAGUAAGUGGAAACAGAGGAACAGCAAAUUUAUUUGAAAAGUGUAAACUUUGUGCUAGAAUGAAUUCUGUCGAAAUUGUAAAGGAUUCUUUGCAACCUUAUACAGAUAUUGGAAAUUUUGAGACAUUAGUUAAAUUCGAUUGUCGUGGUUUGGAGCCCAUUGCCUUUGAGCCUCGAGUUAGAUGGAAAGCUGUCAGUACAAAAUCAUCACUUGUAUUUGAGGAUGUUGAUCUUAUCGAUAAGGAAUGGGUUGAUUAUGAUGAAAAAGCUGCCGAACCAGUGGAAAUCAGUGAAAUGGACUGUCGUUUUGUACUUUGUAGAAAAGAGUAA